CUCUCUAUCUUUCUCUCUCAAGUCUCAACCCCAAACUACGAUCCUUCAAACCCUAACCUUAGAUUCUUCGCCCUUUCCCUCCUUCCCUCUCAAACGAGGUCUGCGCGGGAGAAUCUCCACGGAUCGAAACCCUAGCAGCAGUCUUCUUUGUUUCGAUUUUCGAUCGAGCUAGGGUUUGAGAAAUCUUCGAUUUUGAUUUCUCAGAGAUCCGAAUCCAAGGUUCUUUGGGGGCUUUCCGGGUUUGAAAAGAGAAAAUGUCUCGGUGUUUUCCUUAUCCUCUUCCUGGGUUUGUGAAGAAGGGGAUCUCCUCCUCCGAUGAGGCUUUGACCGAACCGAUUAAGCCCCAACCCCAGCUCCAAGUAGAAGCUGAGAAAGCCAAGAAAGAAAAGAAGAGAGAGAAAAAACGAGAGAAGAAAGAAAGGAAGGCUAGAGAAAAUGGGGAGAUUGAAGAGAAGAAGCAUCAUCACAAAAAAGGGAACAAAGAUGAAAAGAGGCAGGAUGAGAAAGUCGAAGAACAUGGCAAGAAGAGAGUUCGUGAAGCUGAAUUUUUGGACAAGAGUACCAUCACGGAAGAGCAUCCAGUUGGUUCUCAGAAUUCUUCUGAUAGUACCUUAAACAGCAAUAACAGCAACAAAAGGCAGAAGCAGAACUUGUCUCCAGAGUGCAGGCAAAAUACUGGGAGCAUUCUUCGUAUCCGGUUGCCUCUCCAAAGGCACAAAGAUCAAGAAGUGCAACCAAGAGAGGAAUUGCCUUCCCAGUUGCCUCCUCACAGCAACAAUGCUCCUGUGGAACAGCCUUUUCGGUUGCCUCUACAAAGGAACAAACAUUCAGCAGUGUUGCCCAUUGAGGAACAACCCAACAGGUUUCCUCUCAAGUUGCAGAAAGAACCACCAGUGCUAGCUCAAGAGAAACAGCCCUCUCUCAAAAGGCAAAAGGAUCAAGAAGUUCUGCCCAAAGAGAAAAAGACUUGUCUUGUGUCUCUUCAAAGGACCAAGGAUCUAGAAGUGUUACCAAGGGGGAAACAACAGCCUCACCAGCUGCCUCUCCGAACCAACAAAGAUGUAAAAAGUGUACCCAGGGAGAAACAGUUAAGCCAGUUGCCUCUCCAAAGAAACAAGGAUCCAGUGCUAUCUAGGGAGGAACAACCUAGCAAGUUGCCUCUCCAAAAGCAGGUACUUCCACCAGUGUUGCUCAGAGAAGAACAGCUGUGUUCAGUCUCUGGAAGAACUGCCGAAGCUUCUGUUCAAGGAAGUUCUAUACCUGCUUCUGUACUAGAAAGAGAGGAUGGAGAAAAAGCAUGUUCUUCCUCUGCAACUGAGAGCAAAGAACAGCGAAAAAGCAAGCGGAGAGCAUCACAAUACGGAGAGCUAUUUGAGAAUUGGGUUCAACCUUCCCUGUUGCCUAGCCUACUGCCCACAGAUAUUGAUGAGGAUGAGGGAUGGCUUCUUAAGUCGAGUAAGAACCGCAACUGUGGGGUUGAGAAACCUGUUUCUGCUGGUGACAUCUUGAGGUGUGGAGACUCAGUUUCCUGGCCACGGGCUAGGCUAAUGCCCGAGGUUGAUAUAUAUGCUUUGCCCUAUACCGUACCAUUUUAAACUUGUGUCGGAAAUUUGAAGAGACAAGUGAGGGGCUGAGAGCUGCCAGUGACCUUUGUUCUUCAUGUGUUCUUUCUUUGGAGAGGUUGUUACUGCACUUGUGCUGUUUAAAACCCUGAAUACCUGGAGCAAACUCUUGGUUAGGUUUUAAAAAGAGCAACUGAAGAGUUGCUGAGGAAUGAAAGUUUCUUGUAGAGUAGAUGAAAUUUAUUGAUGUAUUGACAACAUUUUUGAUUCUUUAGUCAAUUACAAUAUCACUUGCUCAUUUUCGCACUUUGAAAAUGUCAUCGUCUCGUGUUCUGAGUUUCUUUUAAUUUUUA